AUGCUAGGGUUGCAAAAGCUAUGGGCAUUUGGGGCGGAAUUCCCUUUUGCUCUGGAUUGUGGUAUUCGAAACUUGAUUGCAGAAAAUGAUAACCAAAUUGUGAUUACAGCGAUCCUAAAUCAGAAUAGGGCCAUUUUGGUUGAUUCAUCUCAUUCUGAAGUUUCUAUAUUAUGGUGCCAAAGUGGUAAUGCUUCAAUAAAAGACAGAGUAUUGGCAAUCACUAUGGAUGAGAGUGCUUUAAUGUGCUUGGGAAAUGGGACUAGAGAUGAUGAUGAAGUCUCUUAA